GCAGCGCGUGUGGCUGUUUGUUUCCUUCCCGAGUUUGUUGUCUGUCAGGCGUGCUGACGUCACGCGCGCGCGCGCGGCUCGGAGCGCCCUCGCGAGUGUGUAGUGGAGAAGUUUGGCUAAUGUUCACGCGAAUAUUUGGACGCUUUCAAAGGCCAACGUAAGAUCCUCCUUAAACGGGCGAUUCCGGAUUGUAUCCAGCUGACUAGAAACAAGUCCAGGAGUGAAUGUUAGUGAGUUUGCUCGCGCUUUUGGGAGAGUGUUCCGGGUUUGCGAGCUGGCACCGCGUAACCCAAAGUACACUUUAGAAAGUUGGCAUCGGCCUGCUGUAGCGAGCCUGCAUUAUGCAGAUUUGAUCGCAGAUAACAUAGCAGAAAGAAUUCUAACGCGACAGAUGCAAUGACUGCUGCGAAGUACGGAGGCGAGGAGCUCGAUUUCAGGCUGACUUUUGGAGAGGACAGUCAAGCGACGGCCUCAGGCCACACAGAUGUUGGUGCCGAUAAUGGCCCGUCCUGUUACCUCUUCACUGCAAUUCAACAACCCGUUUUCCAGCAACAUUCAGAGCUGCAAUGUGUCACACAAUCAUCACACUCCCAAGGCCCUCUUACCAGCAGCUAUACUGCUUCUACCACUGGAUCUAAUCCUUUUGAUUCUCCAAGCCGUGUGUUUGAUUGCCCUAGCAUCCAGAUCACCUCCAUCCCAACAACCUGCCAACAAGAUCCGGGUACCCAGCAACAUGGGGUCCAUUUGGAGCAAGAAGGAGCCUCUGGUCCCCUAACAUCCAGGGACCAGCUGUAUUUACCUCUUGAUGCGUCCUAUAGAGACACCUCAGCAUUGUGCCCAAGCCCAUGCAGUAGCUUGUCAUCCCGCAGCUGGCUUUCAGAUGCCUCCUCCUGCGAGUCUUUUUCCCACGUUUAUGAUGAUGUAGAGGCUGAGCUGACUGAAGCUGCAGCGAGUUUCAGGUUUACAUCGCCACUGGUGUCACCGCAGGGCUCUCCUCUGCCCUCUCCUCUUGCCUCACCCCAAGCAUCACCACAGGUGUCUCCUAUGGUAUCGCCUUUUGGUUCUCCAGGUUGUGCAUACACUGAGGACCCAUGGUCCCGUUAUCACCAACACCAACGACCCUAUUCUCAUUCACUGUCGCCCCAUCAUUCACCUUAUCAGUCACCUCGUACUAGUGUUAACGAGGACACCUGGCUCAGUGCGCGUCUGCACUCAUCAUCCCCCUCUAAACCCUCUUCUCGUCCUACUUCGCCUUAUGGGAAGCGCCCGUAUUCCAGCGGCGACGGUAUACCAGGCUCGUCUUCACCUCAUCUCUCUCCCACCCCGAGCCCGUCUCACUCUCCACGAGGAAGUGUGACUGAUGAGACCUGGUUAGGAAGUCCAGGCUUGAUGACUGCCUCUUUCCAGGCCUGUGCAUCUGAUGUGGACAUCCCCUCUAAAACUAGACGAACUUUCCAGACGAACCACAGUCAGGAUUGUAUGACCUUGCUGUCCGGACACGGGGAAUCUGGACUUGAGGAGAAUACACUUGUUUCUCCCUCGAUGGAUUCAAAUUUAGAAGUUUCACUGCCAACCCUGAAAAAAGAAGACAUAGUGGAACACUACUUGUCAGUCCCUCCACCUUUUACUUGGGGAAAACCUAAGCAAACAAACACACCUUUGUUCAGGUCCACAUCUUUACCUUCACUGGAGUGUUCACUGCCUAGCCAAUAUGGGCAGUGUGAGCUGAAAUUGGAGGUCCAACCCAAACCCCACCACAGAGCCCACUAUGAGACGGAGGGCAGCCGAGGAGCCAUUAAAUCAGCCUGUGGACGACACCCUAUUGUGAAGCUCGUUGGUUACAAUGAAAAACCGGUCAGCCUGCAGAUGUUCAUCGGGACAGCUGACGAUCGUCAAGUGAGGCCGCACGCGUUUUAUCAGGUCCACAGGAUAACAGGAAAAACUGUGGCCACUCCAAGCCAGGAGCUGGUGUUUGGCAGCACCAAAAUUCUAGAGAUUCCUCUCCUUCCUGAAAACAACAUGUCUGCAAGUAUUGACUGUGCUGGAAUUCUGAAGCUUAGAAAUUCUGACAUCGAGUUGCGGAAGGGAGAAACCGACAUCGGACGUAAGAACACACGAGUGCGAGCAGCAUUUCGUGUGCACAUUCCCCAAGCUAAUGGAAAAGUGCUCUCCUUGCAAGUGGCCUCCAUCCCUAUAGAGUGCUCCCAGCGCUCAGCCCAGGAGUUGCCUCAGAUAGAGAAGUUCAGCCCUACUUCUGACUCUGCAAUGGGAGGCCAGGAGAUGGUAAUCACCGGCCCAAACAUCACCCCAGAGUCAAAGGUCAUCUUCCUGGAAAAAGGCCCUGAUGGUAGAACUCAGUGGGAAGUGGAUGCAAAAACUGUUCAUGAAAAGAGCAGAGAUACUGGGAUUGUGGUAAAGAUCCCUCCAUAUCAUAAGAGGAUCUUAGGAACAUCUGUGCAGGUACAGUUUUACGUCAGCAAUGGGAAAAGGAAAAGGAGCCUUAUACAACGCUUUACAUAUGUUCCAGUAGUGCAGGUGAAGCAGGAAUAUGACAGCGUUGAAGAUAAACCAGAGCAGUUCAGCCCUCUGGAACAGUGGCUCUACUCUGCAGGCCCAGUUUGUGUUCCAUCCUCCACUCAGCGUAGCUACUCUCCUAUGAGCUCCCCUUAUCUUAGUCGACAUCAUGCUCCAGAUGGCAGCCUCAGUGAUGCAUCUGGGCUUCCCCCAAUACUACACCCAGUAUCAUUGGAUUUUGCCAAGCCCUCCUUGUACCAGGGACCUCAACAAAACCUGUCUUACAAUGGACAGUUCAGUCUUCCCUGUGAUCCUGCUUCAAUGCACGGAGGCAGACCCUUAGCUGUUAUGUCUGAGAAUGUGAGCUCUGUACUCGGGAUUGGGUAUCAAAACACUCCUGGAGGUGGUCAAGGCUUGAAUCAGGUCUCUGGUCAGAGGCACAAUGAGGGCUACCUCAGCCCUACCUCAGGUACAACCCAGUGCGAUCCAAAUAACCUCAGUAACUAUGGAUCAGCUAAUGACUCUGGAGACCUUGUUGUGUUUCCGAAGUCCUCGUCUUCUCUGGAGGUUCUUGCCCCUACCACAGUGCCUUCUACCUCACACUUGAACAGAGAGGCUCCUGUAAACGUAAAGUCUAACGCAACCCUGUCCCCAGCUGGUACAGGAGGAACCAUAAGCUCUUUGGGAGCUGGAGAAUCAUCAAACCACUCCAAUGAUGGACAGAGGCUUAACAUUAAACAGGAACCAGAGAAGGAGAAGGAGCCGACCUUCCAGUCUAUUGGGCUACAGGAUAUCACUCUUGAUGAUGUGAGCGAGAUCAUAGUAAGAGACUUAUUCCAAAGUCCAGAUUCAUCAUUGGAUGGAUGCUCAUAGCUUAACCAGCCACACUGAGAAAUCAAUUACUUAAACAGGAAUGCAGCACUGUAGAUGCAGGACGUACAGUAUGUACUGUAACUGCAAAUAAAGAGAAUGAAUAAAUGAAUGUCUUGAUGACCAUCACUAUAUACAAUGAUGAUUUAAAGCUAUGCUAGGUGAUAUACUAAUGUGAAUGUUCUGUCUGAGACUUUUUUAUAUUAAGGACUUUUGCUGGCAUUAGUGUGUCUUUUACUGAGCUGCCUUAACUGUACAAAAAUAUUCAACUUUUUGCAAAAUGUUGACUGUGAUGCAUAUUUAAGACCCAAAACUAUGCAAUGUGUGUUGUUUUGUAAACUGAAUUUUUUAGAAUAGCUGCAUAGGAUCAUUUGGACUGUUACACUGUCAGCUGAUUGUGUGAGUUUAUCAUAUUUUAGAUUUUUUUAUUUGUAAUUUGGCAUGGCUUAAUUGUGACUUAGUUGCCGAAAUUACAUUAAUUUGUAAUGCUUUCAGGUAGCAAACCCUUUCAUUGAUAGACACUUAUGUGUUUGUGUUAAGUGAUUGUUUCUCAAAAUCCAGGUUUGUAUUUAUGAAUUUAGGUACUUGACAUAUGAUGUAUUAAUUCAUAUUAGUUUUGUGAAAUUAUUUGAAAUAAAGCAAUUUGAACAUAAUA